UCGAGCGUUUCGUGUUCGCGUUCUCGCUUACGAGGUGACAUACAAAGCCCAGUGGCUUUUUUUUUUUUUUGAACGGUGUCGUUUUCCGAAAACACACCCUACAAGCUCCGCUCGUUGCUUCGAGAGAAUCCCGAUAUCAUCGCUCUCCUCAUGAUCCCGAUCGCGACCAGAAUCUGGAUCCGUUGAUCCAGCGAUUGAUCUCGAGCGAAAUCUUCGUAAAAAAAUUUUCGGGAGAUAAAAUAGUAGUACGAUACAUCGAACGUCGUCGCGAGCAAGCUCGGGAAAGCGGAGCGGACCACGUGAGAUCCAGUCUCGGGAGGACGGGGAAAAUAUGAGCAUCUCGUGAAACCGGAAGAAACGAGUUUCAUCUGGAAGGUCAUCAUGGAAACCGAGGAGCUCACCAGACUUGUCGACGAGAUCUACAAGAAUAUCUUGGACAAGUUCAAUCCUGGUGCCAGACAGCUGAUCAACGCUGGCAAAGCAUACCUGAAGGCUCUUCACGGAGCUGCGGCGGCGUCGCGAGUUUACGUCGACGCUUUGUCCCGAUUAGCUCGUCAAGCCCAGCUAGGAACAUGGGGCGGUUCGAAGGAUGUAGGUUUCGCGCUAAUGAGGAUCGUCGAGGUGUACAAGGAGAUACAGGAUCAGGAGAUGAACAUCUUGAAGGCGUUCUACGUGGACUUGUUGGUGCCCCUGGAGACCAACCUGGAGAAGGACACGAAAGUUGUCCAGAGCGAGCAGAAGAAGUUUCUUCAACAACACAAGACCAGAUCCGAGACCUACAGCAAAGCGGCCGCGACAAUGAAAAAGCAGAGAAAAAAAUCCCGAGCCGCCAAUAAGAGCGGUCUCGCGAUGGACAAGGAAUUGAAGAACAUGCAGAUUCUCGAAGAGGAGAAGACCAAGCUGGACGCCUUCUGCGAGCAGAGUUUGAAGAACGCGAUGACUCAGGAGAGACGACGAUACGGUUUCGUGUUGGAGCGACAAUGUUCCUUGGCGAAGCACUAUGCGAGUUUUCAUGAGGUUGCACUGGCCGCGCUUCAUCCCUCGGUUGAUAAAUGGCGCGAGGUUGCCGCCACCAGGGAAUAUCUGCCCCAGUCGGUGGAGGACAUGUUCGCUUCCAGACUCAGGCAAACAUCGUUCUGGCCGGAGGACGAAGAGAACGGCGGCUCCGAGCUAACAACAAUGAGCUCGCAAUUGCGAAAGACCCGGAGCAUGGACAGCUCCUGUCUGGAAUUACGACUAGGCCCGCUACCCGGGAACCCGUCGUCGUCCGGCAGCCACCUCGGUCCGGCGCAGCAUCUCCCCGCCGCCCUCUCCAGAGCGAGGUCGGAGGCCAAUCUGCACGCCUCGACGUUAUCCCUCGGUCCCGAGGUUCCAGAAACUCCACCCCGACCGCGAUCCAUGGCGCCCCCCACGUCCCGCAGCAGUGGCGGCGGCGGAGGCGGUAGCAUCGGGGUUAGCACCGGGGGUUGGGGAGACGCUCCUCUCGCUAGGGCUCUCUUCGCUUACCUCAGCUCGGGGGAAAAUCAACUGAGCUUUCUGGAGGGUGAUCUAAUCGCUUUGAUGGGAGACCGGCAGAAGGGAUGGCAAUUUGGCGAGAACCUUCGUACUCACAGCUCGGGAUGGUUUCCCCUGGCGUACACCGAAAUUAUAAUCGACGACACUUUGGGAUCACCCAGCCACGGAACAAGCAACGGGAGAACUCCGGAGCCGCAGGCUAUUCCACCGUGCAAACCGCCUCCUUCUCGACCGCCAGUCACACCAGCUAAUAUCGACGAGCAGUCUGGUGGAACGACCGGCGCCGCUAACAAUUCUUCCAACACCAGCGCCAACAACAACAACAACAACACUAGCAACGCCGGUACACCGACCAACAACGCGAGCGUCUUAGCAACUCCGACUGCACGCCAAUCAAAAUCAAUCCGUCCGUCAAGCACGCUGCCUGCUGUAUUAGCAGGAGGACGAAGAGUACAGCCACCCGUACCUCCAGUGCCGCCACCGGCUAUGACAUCUCUUCACAGUAGCAAUGACAGCGGUUUCUCUAAUGAACCGCCGGUGCAGCCGGAUGUUGAUUACAGCGAUGAUGAGGCAAUGAGACAACGGCGCCGGAAGCCGCGUAACGGAGGAGAGUGUCAGCUCGCGAAGGACGAGAAGCAGACGAAGGACUGGGAAAACGAUUCCUGGAAGACGAUCCCGCGGGACGAGAAGUCCUGGCAGUUGUAUCGCACGGCGAUGGAUCUCUGGGCGGAGGCCAAGGCCAACCAGGCGAGCGAGGACUCGAAGAAAUAUUUCGAGCUGGAGAAUGGCGAGUUCACGUUGGAAAACGGCGACAUUACCAGGAAGAGAAAGAACAAGAAAGGCAUGCAGGCGACGAACGAACGACCCAGCCCGAAUCAGCGCACCAAAAUGGCGGACGAGCGCAGCGCACCCGCUGUCACUCGUCGCGGCGAUCAGCGACGCGUCGACAAGAGAACGCAAGCGGAAACCGAAGAGGACGAGCUCGAGGAGGACGAGGAGGAUUUCGAAUAUCGCAAUAACAACAAAUUUUACGCGGACAAUCGGGACUCUCAGCAGGAACGAAGAUCCGGUAACAAUUACGACGCGAACAAAUACACAACAAAAUCUUCGACCUCGUCGUCGGAUUCCGACGACGACAGUACCAUCACGAUUCCGCAAUCGGGUCGUAAAGUCGAGCAUAUAGCGCAGAAGCUCGAGCAGACCGCGCAGAAAUACGCGCGCGAGCACAGCCCGCCGAAAUUUCUCGAGCGUCGCGAGAGAACGCUCGCGGCGGAAUACAAGAAUCUAGAAAAAGAAACGCGCGAAACGACUCUCAAGCGCGAUCGUCGCGAAAGAAUCGCGGAUUACAAGAGUUUGGAGCGCGAAAACCGGUCAAACGGUGCGGGCAAUCAGCAGAAGAAUGUGGAACGUGCGCGGGACGACAAACGUUUGCGCGACGAGAAGCGUUUGACGCGGAACGACAAGCAUCUGAUGGAACGAGGAUCUCGCGAACAGGAUCACAAGCAACAAACGUUCGAACGUACGCGGGAAGACAAGCAGCACAGCUACGAGCGCACGAGAGAAGAGAAGCAAAACUUCGAACGCACGCGGGAGGACAAACAGGGUUUCGAACGUGCGAGAGAAGAUAAGCAGAGCUUCGAGCGUUCGAGAGAUGACAAGCAGAAUUUCGAGCGUUCCAGAGAGGACAAACAGAAUUUCUCACGGUCUCGAGGCGACGAGGCGCAGUCGUACGAACGAGUUCGCGUGACGCGCAACGAUCAAGAGCGCGGAUAUAUCGAGCAGAGAAAAGAAGCGACGGGUUACGAACGUACGUUCGAAAAGAAUCGCAACAAAACGAUCGAGCGAUUGUCCAGUCGAAGAUUCGAACGGCCGCGACCGCCGUCGCAGGAGGCUCCGGAACGACCCGUGGGACCGUAUCGAGAGCGCAGAUACUCGGACAAGGAGGAGGCGAUUUACGGAGAAACCGCGCGAUACGGAAUAGGCUCGCUCGACAGAGAUCGCGGUUACGAAUCCAAUUUCGAGACAAAAUUGGAAAGAACGAAGGUGAUCGAAAGACACGGUUACAGCGCGGGUGUGCACGGUUCGGAUCUUCACAAGCGAAACGGAAUAUCCAGAAACAACGAGCGAAGCAACGGCGACACCAACAAUAACACGCUCAAGAUGGAACGGAAACCUUUGCUGCCGCGACAGACGACCGCCAUGGGCCACCUCGCGCAAACCGGAAGAGCCUUCGAGGAACCGAAGAGUCCGAAACUCGUGAAGCGCACCAAGUCCUUCUGGAAGUUCCGUCGGGACUCGGAAGUGCUGGAAGGUAUGGCGCUCUGGCAGCAUCGCUCGCUCGUCGACAUCCCGAAGAUGAUUCGCAAAGAGGACAAAACAGCGGAGAACGAGGAGAAGCAGAGGAAGGACUCGGAGGACGGUAGUCCGAAUUCGAGUCUGGGCAACAGCGAGAUCACGAUCACGAACGAGCACCGGCACGAGGAGCCGAAACCGGCCGAGAGAAGUCACGUGCCCGAUAAAACGGAUUACUUCGAGGACUUCCCAACACCGGCGGAACGACCCAAGAUCACAGAGCGAUCGGAGUACAGAAUGCAGCAGCAGCAGCAUCAUCAUCAUUCGGAAGAGCGCGCGUACUUCGUCGGCAACGUGUCGCGAAAAGCGAUCAUAGAGAAGGAGCGGAAACGAAGUCUCGAAGCGAAGAGAAACAUGAUCGUGGCCGAGCUGAAGGAGAACGAGAACAAACGGAACGAGAUGAUGCGCGGUAGAAAAAAUUACGACGAGGAGGAAGACGCGACGUUGAAUUUCAGCGAGACCGAGGCCUCCGACGAGGAAUCCACGUACAGCUGUAUCGUCGUGAAGGAUCAGAGCAUACCGGAGAAGACGUUGCUGCCGAGAACGAAACUUAGACGGGACUCUGACCGGGAUAGAAACACCUGCGGGCCGUGGUACGAUCUCUGGGGCGUGGACGCGUCCGUCAAGAAAAAAAAGAAACAGAAGCAGCAAUAAAGUCCACGAAUCGUUGUGGCAAGAGAUAAUGUAAUUGUUUUGAUAUAAAAAACCGAAAGAAGAAGAAACACCGAUAGAACAAUUGGCGUUCUGAUGAAAACGAGGGAAAACGCGGAUAAACAGAAGAGAUCACGAUUUUAUGUUAUUUUUUGUUAAACAUUUAAACGUUUGAAAUAGGAAACGCACCGGAGAGUGUAUUUUUUUUUGCAACAAUUGUUAUCGCAUGUUUUGUCAACACUGUUAGUUCCACUCACGAGGUCUUUUAAGUUUUUUCUUUCAGUCGUAUUUUGUUCAGUCCGAAUCUUCUUUGUGGCUAUCUAUCCAUCGAGUAGCUGCGUUAUCGAUUUUCACAUGAUCCCUUUGCGCAUCUCUCCCCCAUUUUGAUGUGCUCGCUAAUCCCCUCUCGAUGCUGCUUUUUUGUCUCUUCAACGAUUGGCCGUUGAUGUUGUAGGAGCUUAUAUCGUCGAAGAAGACGCUCGAUACACUUUUGCGACGACUUCUAGGAGAUUCGUCUCUUCGAAGUGGAAACAAAACAACUUGAUUCAUCGCCAUCGAGCGGCUAGUGGUGUUGUCCGUCGUUGCUGCACGUCUCAGCUCUGUUUGAUUUGUUAUUUGUCGCUGGCAUAGUGCUAGUUGUUCGCUAGUGAUUAUUUCGCUACUCUCUCUCAAUUUAUAUCAAUCUUUCAAUUUUUUUUUUUUUAUCGAUCGCUUCGUUUUUUGUUGCAAAUUGAUCCAAACGUUCUAUCGAACGUUUUAUUUUUUUUUUGUGUAUAAAUCUCUCUCUCUCUUUAAAUAGUCUAAAUGAUCUUUGUGUUUUGUUCUAUAUAAUAAAGUAUACACACAAAACGAUAUUCUUAACGUAUUCUUAAUUAAAAAAUACGAAUAAUAAUUUUAGCGCGCUAGGAAAGAUUUUUACCUUCAAGUUUUAAGUUUGUGUUUUAUAAAAAUUUUUACACCAAUUUUUCACCAAGUUCCUCCAUUGUUCGUACGUUGGUCACGUGUGAUUGUCCAGUAAUUUACGAAUAUACGUAAAUCAAGUCACGAGAUUAACUGCAAUUAACGCCUUUCAGGACUAACAUAUUCGCGACUGUGAAGCUGCGAAAGACGAAGACUAACGACCGCUCGGCGCCGGCACUGUCAUGAGAAAAGUUAUUUCUCUAGAUUAGAGACGUGUUCUUACUUUUUUUUUUUGUGCCAGUAGCGAGUAUCCAUGACCGAGAGAGGGAGAGAGGCGAGAUUGUCUCUCUCGUUACAAAAGAAGUUCCUUCGUCGCGCAGCUCCCUACGCGAGAGUGAAAAUCGAUUGCCACGCGAUCAUCUGUCCGCGAAUUUUUUCAAAUAGGGAAAUAUAUAAUACAACGCUAACCCUUUUCCGUAUCCGUAUUGCCUCUUUGUUGCAUAUACAUGCCACUUCUCUGUGUUUCUCUUCAAGUGGAGACUCGCGUAAGUCAAGCGUAAGUAAAUUAGCGCACGCAAGCGCGUAUAUAGAACAAGAAAUCAUUUAUUCUUAAGCGUAAAAAUGUUUUUAUUAUAAAUGUGUACCUAAAAUUAAGAUUUUUACGUCGUAAAACAAGCAAAAAAAAAAAAAAAAAACAAGUUUGCAAUGGCGUUUGUACCAAAUCGUUAGGUAUGUAUAUACGUAUAGAAUCUUGGUGGCCUAGAGAUUAAUCGAUAGGUAUCGUAAUUCAAUAAUAUCACUAAUGAUGUAUCAAAAGAGACGAACACUGCCGCCCCAUUUUUGAAUCAAAAUCUAAAAAAAGUUGCUCAGACUCUGAUUUGAGGGUCUUUUUUUUUUUUUUUUUUGAGAUAUCGACGCGCGCGCUUAUCUAGAACUCUGUAGAUAAAGCAUUUAUAUGGAAAAAAAAAUUUUUUUAAAUAAAAAACGAUUUGUAGAGAAUUUUUGCGAGGUGUUACGCCGUUUUAGAGUGUUAAGUAAACAAUUAACAUGAUAUCGAUAUAUAAAUACAGUUGCAAUAUCAAACGAAAGAUUAACGUGUAAAUGUGUUAAUAUAGUUCGAAGAUAUUAUGUAAAGAAUAAUCAGUUAUUUUUGGGACUGUAUUAACAUAUUUUGUAAGUUAAGCGACACACGCACACGUACGCGUUUGGUGACACGCGUACUCGUGUGUGUGUCAACAAAGUUUUGUAGUAUUAAGUCCUUUUAGAGUCUUUCUCUCUCUCUGACGAGAAACGAGUGAAAAUCAAUGAAAAAAAAAAAAAAAAAAAAACAAAAAAAAUUGUUAGGGGGAUCCUUCCAUUUAUUC